GGAGAACACCAACUUGCUAUAAUUCAUCCCGUAACGGUGUAUAAUGCUACAAGAAUCGCUGCUCACCAGAGAAGGGCCUCUCGCACAGGUCUGGUUAGCUGCUAAUUUGGAGCGUAAGCUGAACAAGCAGCAGUUUCUCCAGUCCAAUAUCACGCAGUCAGCCGAAGCAAUCGUGAAGGCCACGGAAUCCAAUGCGGAUACCACUGAGGCACUGACGUUGAGACUGUCUGGCCAGCUGUUAUAUGGUGUUGUGAGAAUCUAUUCGAGAAAGGCAAAGUACUUGCUGGAUGACGUGUCUGAUGCGCUUUUGAAGCUGAAGAGUGCGUUCAGAUCGAGCUCCAAUGCUGUGACGCUCCCAAUCAAUGCUACAAUCAUCCCUUCUAUGAAUCAAAUUGUUUUACAGGAUACCGUGACACAGGCAGAUUUGCUUUACCAAGAGCCCUUGACCUUUGACGAUGACCCUACGAUGAAUAACAGCAUGAAACCUUCUGCGUUCUUUGAUACUCAGAAUCAGAACUCAUUGGAGCUUGAUGAGAGUAUUGAAAUGCCUAGAAAUAAAUUCGAUGAUGAUAUCGAUGUCUUGGAGCAUGACGAUGGACUAGACAUCGACUUGAACUUUGACCUGGACCAGGGCGAGGAUAACGAUGUUCAUCAGAGAGAAGAUUACCCUCCAGAGAUUGAUUUUGAUUAUGGAGGUGGCCUGGAUUUUGAUUUAGACCAAGGUCAUGACGAUACAAGUAUCGAGCAUGGAAGAGCUACCGAUGAUGCCAAUCUGUCAACUCUGGGAAACUCUUCCCUGGGAGAUCUCGGUAAUUUUGACCAGCCUCUGGAAACUAUAGACGACUUGGAGAAUGAACGUGAUGAAACAACAACUACGCAGUCUCAACCAAGAAGAAAACGUAAGGCCAGAGAGCAACCACUUGGGAAGAAGAUUGUAACUGAUAAGGAGAUCGAAUUGAAUAUCCGUUCCUUCAAUGACACUACAGGCAUUGUUAUCGAUGACGAGACACAGCAACCACUGGAUCUUUCGUUGAAGAAAUCAGCUGUGGAGGCUUUAUUAAAUGAGACGUUCUUCAACGAUACUAUAGCUGAGCGUUUCUUGACGAUAGCUACAAACAAGCGUCAAAAGACACAACCCUCGUCACCGUUGAUGUUAGAACCUCCAGAGCUACAAAGCGAUAAGGAAAAUGACAGUGCUGACGACCAACAACAAUUCUUUCAAGAUGCAGAUAUAGACUUUGACUUUCAACAGGAUGAUAUGUUACCAGAUAAUCAACCAUUAGAAGAGGACCUUGGUGACCACUUGGACCAGCAGCCAGAAGAAGAGCAAAAUGUCACGGGUUUCAACUCCGGUGUUACUGAAUCCACAUCAAAGGUUGAAAAUCAUCUUGUUGAGCUGAUGAAGUCUGAGAAGGAAACAACAUUUACUGACGUUCUGGAGAAGGAUGCUCUAUCACAUGAACCUCUAUCUACAACGCCAAAGAAUGAGGCAACAAGGGUGUUCUUUGAACUCUUAGUCCUGUCAACUAAUGACAGAAUCAAAGUUAAGCAACAGGAACUUUUCGGGGAAAUAUCGAUAAGAAUGGUGUAAUAAUAAGUGACAUACUGUAUAAUAAUAUAUUGAUUCCAGCACUUAGGUAAACAUCAUCGAUUUAGAAAACACAACAAAUUUAUUGAUAAAUGUAAAACUGAUGGUUCAAUUCACAACUAAGAAAACAAACUUUUUUUCUUCUCUUCCUCUGUCGCCUCGUUCUUAGUUCCAAGCAGCAUCUGAAAAA